AUGCGGCCAGGACGGACAGGCGGCACACUGCUGCGGCUGGCGUUAGUGCUCAAUCAAGGCAUUUUAAAUUGCUGUGUGGCGUACAAUGUUGGUCUCCCGGAAGCAAAGAUAUUUUCUGGUCCUUCAAGUGAACAGUUUGGCUAUGCAGUGCAGCAGUUCAUAAAUCCAGAAGGCAACUGGUUACUGGUUGGUUCACCAUGGAGUGGCUUUCCUGAGAACCGAAUGGGAGAUGUGUAUAAAUGUCCUGUUGAUCUAUCCACCACUACAUGUGAAAAACUGAAUUUGCAAACUUCCACGAGCAUUUCCAACGUUACUGAGAUGAAAACCAACAUGAGCCUUGGCUUGACACUGACAAGGAACGUGGGAACAGGAGGAUUUCUUACCUGUGGCCCCCUGUGGGCACAGCAGUGCGGAAGUCAGUUUUACACAACCGGGUUAUGCUCUGAUGUCAGUCCCGAUUUUCAGCUCCUGACCAGCUUUUCACCUGCAGUUCAGACCUGCCCUUCCCUCAUAGAUGUUGUGGUUGUAUGUGAUGAAUCAAACAGUAUUUAUCCCUGGGAUGCAGUAAAGAACUUUUUGGAAAAAUUUGUGCAAGGCCUGGAUAUAGGCCCCACAAAGACACAGAUGGGGUUAAUUCAGUAUGCCAAUUAUCCAAGAGUUGUGUUUAACCUGAACACUUUUAAAACCAAAGAUGAAAUGAUUAAAGCAACAUCCCAGACAUCCCAAUAUGGUGGAGACCUCACAAAUACAUUCAAAGCAAUUCAAUAUGCAAGAGAUUCUGCUUAUUCAGCAGCUGCUGGUGGACGACCAGGUGCUACCAAAGUCAUGGUGGUUGUAACUGAUGGUGAAUCCCAUGAUGGUUCAAUGUUGAAAGCCGUAAUUGAUCAAUGUAACAACGACAAUAUACUGAGGUUUGGCAUAGCAGUUCUUGGGUACUUAAACAGAAAUGCCCUUGAUACUAAAAAUUUAAUAAAAGAAAUUAAAGCAAUUGCCAGUAUUCCAACAGAAAGAUACUUUUUCAAUGUUUCUGAUGAAGCAGCUCUACUAGAAAAGGCUGGGACAUUAGGAGAACAAAUUUUCAGCAUUGAAGGUACUGUUCAAGGAGGAGACAACUUCCAAAUGGAAAUGUCGCAAGUGGGAUUCAGCGCAGAUUACUCUCCUCAAAAUGAUAUUUUGAUGCUGGGUGCAGUAGGAGCUUAUGACUGGAGUGGGACUGUUGUCCAGCAGACAUCUCAUGGACAUUUGAUCUUUCCUAAACAAGCUUUUGACCAAAUUCUGCAAGACAGAAAUCACAGUUCAUAUUUAGGUUACUCUGUGGCUUCAAUUUCUACUGGAAAAAGUGUCCACUUUGUUGCUGGAGCUCCUCGGGCAAAUUAUACCGGCCAGAUAGUGCUGUACAGUGUUAAUGAGAGUGGCAAUAUCACAGUUAUUCAGUCUCACAGAGGUGACCAGAUUGGCUCCUAUUUUGGUAGUGUGUUGUGUGCAGUCGAUGUGGACAAAGACACCAUUACAGAUGUGCUCUUGGUAGGUGCGCCAAUGUACAUGAAUGACCUAAAGAAAGAGGAAGGAAGAGUCUACCUGUUUAUUAUCACAAAGGGCAUUUUGAAUUGGCACCAAUUUCUGGAAGGCCCCGAGGGUGUUGAAAAUGCUCGGUUUGGUUCAGCGAUUGCAGCUCUUUCAGACAUCAAUAUGGAUGGCUUUAAUGAUGUGAUCGUUGGUUCACCUUUGGAAAAUCAGAACUCUGGAGCUGUGUACAUCUACAAUGGUCAUGAGGGCACCAUUCGACUGAGGUAUUCCCAGAAAAUCUUGGGGUCUGAUGGAGCCUUUAGGAGCCACCUCCAGUACUUUGGGAGAUCCCUGGAUGGCUAUGGAGAUUUAAAUGGGGAUUCCAUCACUGAUGUGUCUGUUGGUGCCUUUGGACAGGUCAUUCAGCUCUGGUCACAGAGUAUUGCUGAUGUAUCUGUAGUUGCUUCGUUCACACCAGAAAAAAUCACUUUGCUCAACAAGAACGCUGAGAUAAACCUUAAACUCUGUUUCAGCGCCAAGUUUAGACCUGCUAAGCAAAACAAUCAAGUGGCCAUUGUAUAUAACAUCACAAUUGAUGCAGACCAAUAUUCAUCCAGAGUAACCUCCAGGGGAUUAUUUAAAGAAAGUAAUGAAAGGUGCUUGCAGAAGACCAUGAUAGUAAAUCAAGCACAGAGUUGCUCUGAGUACAUCAUUCACAUACAGGAGCCCUCUGAUGUUGUCAGCUCUCUGGAUCUGUGUGUGAACAUCAGUCUGGAAAACCCUGGCACUAACCCUGCCCUCGAAGCCUACUCUGAGACAGUCAAGGUCUUCAGUAUCCCUUUCUAUAAAGAUUGUGGUGAUGAUGGAGUUUGCAUCUCUGAUCUAGUUCUAGAUGUUCAACAGCUACCAGCAGCUCAACAACAGCCCUUCAUUGUCAGCAACCAAAACAAAAGGUUAACAUUUUCAGUAACACUGAAAAACAAAAAGGAAAGUGCAUACAACAGUGGGAUUGUUGUUGAUUUUUCAGAAAAUCUGUUUUUUGCUUCCUGGUCCAUGCCGGUUGAUGGGACAGAAGUGACAUGCCAGAUUGCUUCAUCUCAGAAGUCUGUUACCUGCAAUGUGGGCUACCCUGCUUUAAAAAGGGAACAACAGGUGACUUUCACUAUUAACUUCGAUUUCAAUCUUCAAAACCUUCAGAAUCAGGCCUCUGUCAGUUUCCAAGCCUUAAGUGAAAGCUACGAGGAAAACCAGGCAGAUAAUUCAGUCCACUUCAAACUCUCUCUGCUGUAUGAUGCCGAAAUUCACAUAACAAGAUCUACCAACAUAAAUUUUUAUGAAGUCUCCUCGGAUGGGAAUAUUCCUUCUAUUGUGAACAAUUUUGAAGAUAUUGGUCCAAAAUUCAUCUUCUCCAUUAAGGUAACAACAGGAAGUGUUCCAGUCAGCAUGGCAUCCGUAAUCAUCCAUAUCCCUCAAUACACCAAAGGCAAGAACCCGCUGAUGUACCUGACUGGGGUGCACACGGACCAGGCUGGUGACAUCAGUUGCAAAGCCGAAAUAAAUCCACUGAAAAUAGGACAAACAUCUUCUUCUGUAUCUUUCAAGAGUGAAAAUUUCCGUCAUGUAAAAGAAUUGAACUGCAGAACCGCUUCAUGUAGUAACGUCACCUGCUGGCUAAGAGACCUUCAGGUGAAAGGAGAAUACUUCCUUAAUGUGUCUACCAGAAUUUGGAACGGGACUUUCGCAGUAUCGACUUUUCAGACAGUACAGCUGACAGCAGCGGCAGAAAUAGACACCUAUAACCCUCAGAUAUAUGCGAUCGAAGAAAACGCCGUCACGAUUCCCAUUACCAUAAUGAAACCUCAUGAGAAAGCUGAAGUACCAACCGGAGUUAUAGUAGGAAGUGCAAUCGCUGGAAUCCUUUUGUUACUAGCUCUGGUUGCGAUUUUAUGGAAGCUUGGAUUCUUCAAAAGAAAAUAUGAAAAAAUGACCAAAAAUCCAGAUGAAAUUGAUGAGACCACAGAACUCAACAGCUGAAUCACCCAGCAGUUCCCACUGCAGUGGGAAGGGGCAGCAUCACAGCCAGGGUUUAUUAUUCGCAUGAAUGGAUUUCUUAAAAAUCCCAGUGUAACUUAAUAAUGUAAUAGGUAAACUAGAACUGCAGGUCAGUUUGAAAAGAAACUGUGAGGGAGUUGGGAGGGCAGGAGUAUAAAGGGUAAAAGACUAUUUUAUGUUGGGGGGGGAAAGUGAUCUUUACGUUGGCUGGUCCAGAGUUUACAUGAAAUGCUUCCAAGCAGGAGAACUCUUAAAGAAAAAUAUAACCUUUCUCAGAAUUAUUUUUUGGGAAAAACCCAAUCAUUUAAAAUGAUUGUUUUUAAACAACAAAAGUGGAAGUACUCGGUAUAAGUAUAUAAUUAGCUUGGAUAUAUUGAUGCUGAUGGGCAAAAAAAAACAACACACGUCUUCAACUUAACGCUGCUCAUCCAAAGUUGCCACAGAGGAUGUUUUCAGUGAUAAUUUUGUUUCUACACUAGGUAAAAUCUGCUGUUGUCAGCCCACAGAUGCUUCCUUAAGAGCCCCUUUCUUGCGAUGAUGUACUUAUCAAAACAUGCUUGAUGACUGGUAGGGGCCUCCUGCAGAGGAAAUUUCCAUUUCACUGGGGGAGGGUUAGGGGCCUAAAGGAUUUAGAGGCCAAAGCACAAACUUGUGUUUAAAAUCUGUAACAUCAUUUAUGGUAGAAUCUUGUCUGCUGGAGGCCCCGCCUGGAAGGAGGAAAUUUUUCUCCUUUAGGAUGCAUAACUGGCUGACCCUGACUGGCUGGCUGGCAGGGGGUGGUGGGGGGGAACCUUGUGAAUUUUUGAAAGAUGAGUAAUUUCUUUGGAAUCCUUCCUCCUUCCACAAUGAAGCUCUCCCACCUCCUGGUGCCCCCAUUUUCUCGAUGCCUGCUGCUGCCCGCCUUCCUCUCCAGGAGUCCACAGUUUUCCACCCUCCUUGUCCAAAUCUCCCACUCCCAGGGCAGCUGCUCUUCUCCAGGUGUGAGAAGGAAGUCAUCUGUUUCACUUCCACACUUGCGUGAAUUACUGUAUAACCCCCUUAACUUCAGGGAGCUAUUUUCAUUUAUUGCUAAAUAGGCAAGAAAAGCCCAAGUGAAUUUCUAAUUGUUGAGAUUUCAGGCAGGGUAAACAAGGUAAAGUAUAAACAUCUCAGGAAUUUGCAAGAAGUUACAAGGAGACAUUAGAAACCACCCAAUCAGCAUGUGUACCUGCUGUGCUUGUCUGUUUCUGGAGGACUUACACUUCCAGAAGAAGGACUUUCACCUGGGAGUUUGCUCACCAGGUAGAGGCUCACGCCCCAAUACCUGAGAGUCUUAUUUAGUCGUCAGAUCGGGAUGAAGCCUGGUGACCUGUAUUUUACAAGCAUCCCGGUCCUUAUGAGGUAAAUGGGCCACUGUGAGGACCACCACCCAUUUCUCCUUCUGCACCUUCUUUUCUCUACUUCUGAGCCCACCUAUCCUCUAGGAGGGACGGGGAGAAAAUGGGCAGAGAUUAAGUCCGUGGGGACUAUUUUAUGCCAGAAAGUACACACCUGAAGCUUCAGACAAGUCACUUAGCCUCUGUAAACUUCAGUGUCCUUGUUAUAAAAUGGGGAGACUGGGGCUGAGCUCAGCAGCGACGCUUUUAACUUUAAAAACCUAUCUGGGUUUCUUAUAACACAAAUAGACAAUCCUCCAAGAAUCUGACACUGAAAAGAAUUCGGAGGAAAACAGGUAUUUGCCCAUGUGUGCCUGUGAUGGCAGUGCAGGGCUGUCUGCACAGGUACAGAAUUUAUUUUGCAUCUGACGAAACAAAGGGGAAAAAAAACCAUUAGAAAUAAAACAUCAGGGGUUUACAGCAAAAACAGCAUGGUAUUCUCUAGUUACAUGUGCUAGAGCCCAAUUCUUUUAACAGCUGGUUUCAAACACUGUUUCAUUCCAAGAAAAAUUGUUUUAAAAAAAGAGUGGAGGGGAAACUGGUCAUUAAGUUGAAAAAGGCUAUUUAAUAAACUGGGUAACUGCUGUACAUAUUUACUAUUUUUUUGAUGUAAUAUACUGAUAAUAUUGGAAGUCAUCCUUUUAUUUUACUCUGCCUCCCCUUCCUUAGAUGAUAAACACUAAUCUGAGGUCACAUACCCACAGUGAGCUUGCAAGCUCUGGCAAGCCUUGCCUUGGAGGAGCCGCCUUGACGGCACUGUUUCCAUGAAGGAGUUGGAUUACUAUAAACUAAAAAAUUAGCCAUUUGUCUCUGCACCAUUUAUCGCACUGGGGCAGGGUUUCUCAGCCUGGGCACUACUGACGUUUGGAGCCAGGUAAUUCAUUCUUGCGGGGGCCUUACCGGUGCAUUGUGGGAUGUUUAGCAGCAUCCCUGGCCUCUGGCUGUGGCCUCUGCCUAUGAAUACCAGACACUCCCUCUCCACCUCAUCGUGGUGAUCAAAAAAUGUCCCGAGACAUUGGCUGACGCCUCCUGGAAGGCAAAAUCACCCCGACUGAGAACCACUGCUCUAAGCAAGUGGCCUAAAUAUACAACUUCUGUUACCAGAUCACAGAUUUGAGGCAGAGGCUCUAGUGAGGAGUAUUUCUCAAGCACUUUUAAGCAAAGGUUGAGUAUUCAUCCAAGAAAUUAAAAAAUUAUUUGAGAAAAAAAGCUCUGUAUUCCUAUUCAGCCAUACUUUUAUUUUAAAAGUAAGUAGAAUAUGGGGCUUAAAAGAUGUCAUCUUCAAAGUUUCCAUUUCAUAAAUGGUGUACAGACAAUAUGUAUAGAAUGUGAUAAGAAUUGAGUUGCUUCAUGCAUGGCUGCCACACAAGCCUUACAAAAUAGUAAAGUAGAACAGUCUGAAAAAAUUGCAUUGAGAUUUGAAUUUGUGCAUUGUCCAUUUUAGCAGCAAAAUGAGAACUGGACAGAUUCCUAGCUGGCUGUGCUAUUUUUAUAAAAUAGUAAAAGUUAUUAACUGUGAAAAGAAAACUAAAACCAAUUUAUCACAAUCACACAAGUGACUAUACUACAAAUUAUUAUAGAAGGUAUAAUUUUCUAAUGUAUCUAUUCUGAUAUACAGCUAUAAUGCAUUAUGACAGUCCCAUAAAUUAAGACAUUAAGCAGAAAGCAUUAAACAGGAUUCCU